AUGGAGAUAGAACAAAUAACCCCACAAAUAGUUGGGAAGAAGCUAUGGAACAUUGUGAGGAUAGUUUUCUACAUGGUGAGGAAAGGCGUGUGGAAGAGCAAGCUAAUUCAGCUCGACCUUCAACUCAUGCUAAAGCGAGGCAAACUCGCCGCCGGCAAGGCGCUGAGCAACCUCAUGCUCCACCACCACCACUACUCCGCCGCCCUCACCACCUGCCGCUCCCACCACUCCGUCCGGGUGUUCACCGCCCACGCGCCGCCGCACCACUACGAGUUCAGCUGCAGCAACAGCCCUGCCAAUAAGCGCAGAAACCACCGCCGCGAAAACAAGAUCGACGCCGAUGUUUUCCAGCGGGUUUUUGAGAUGCUGAAUGACCGUCCCGAGGUUGAUGGGUCGUCUCCUUUGACGGGGCUGCCGGGGUUUGGGCGGACCCCGAAUGUGAGGCAGCUGAGAGUGACGGAUUCGCCCUUCCCGUUGAAGGAUUCCGAGGCGGAGAUGAACUCCCAGGUGGAUAUGGACGCCGAGGAGUUCAUUAGGAAGUUCUAUACACAAUUGAAUCAACAGAGCAAGAAAGCCGCUCUCGAAUCUCCAUCCCCAUAUCACAUCAGAGCUCGAUGA